AUCUAUAUCCAUCGGUACCCGUCCAUAUCCAUUCAUUUCCAUACAUAUUUCCAUUUAUAUGUCCAUAUAUGUCCAUAUAUAUCUAACCCCAUAAAAACAAAUUCAUCCACCUUUCCUUACACCGAACUUCAUCUCGAACUUCGUGCAUCACAAUGAUUUAAGAAGUAUAUAGAGCUCUGGUCAUCCCGCUCGCUUGAUUCAUUUUCGAGUUUCUGGUGUUACGAUACGAGCAUAUACAAAAGAAGAUACCCAGUGAAGUCAAAGGUCAUUCUCGAAUUCACUCAUUUCUAUAAAGAAAAACUCAUCCUCGACUUGGCAAGACUCGAUUCAGAAUCAUAAUACAACAUAAUCGAAUCUUUUCAGCAAGCCCAAGAAAGUCCAUUCAAACUUGCAUCACAUUAGAUUGCAGUGCAUGAAGAAGGGAACGGAAAGGAGAAGGAUUUUCCUAUCAUCGAACAAUCACCUGGGCAUUCAGUCCCAUUCAGAUCCAAAAAGUGUUAUUGGAAAAAUCGAAUAUUGGAAUCACCUCAUCAGAAGGUUUUAUAUCUACAUAAAAGCCUUGAUGCGACUUUCCUACAUUGCUUUAUACAUUCCACAAACCUACAUUUUCCAAUACAUGCCAACAACCUCCUUCGACCUCUCACUCUCACGUCAAAACUACGUAACCAAACUCCCUCGUUUACAAUACAAAUACCAUACAUCAUUCUUCAUUAUACUGCUUGAAUCAUGAAUCCAUCAAUGUCACCACUCUCAAUGUCUUCGCGCAAAAGGUCCUCUUCAAUAUCAUCCUUCGAUUCGUUUGAUUCGGAUUUCUUCGAACAAACUUAUGUACCACUCUCAAAUCUACCGACCCCACCUCUAUCCUCUCAUUCGUAUGAUACCACGGCCGCUCAAUCACCAAUAUCUCUUUUCAGCUCCGAUGAAAUCCUUGAUCCAGACUAUUUAGGUCCUGCAAUCCAUCUCACAAACUUAAUUCCCUCCUCUACUUCCUUAAUCCAUCCCUCCACUCAACUGGUUCACGCCUUGUUAACCCGCGCCGAUCUACCAAUCGAAACCCUCGCUCUCGCAGUAUGCAUCCUCGAUUCCCUCAAUUCUAGAUUUGCUCGCUCGUGGCGAAUUUCGUAUCCUCUCGAAUCAUCCGAAGAUCAAUUACUCGAACAAUACGAUUUCCCAAGUCCACAAUGUGCAGAAGAACAACACAUCGAUUCAACACAUCCCGAAGUGAUCGUUCUCGCAGCCCUCAUAUUGGCAAUGAAAUUUAUAGAUGAUCAACAAGGAACCACUCUUUACUAUGCGCAGAAAUGGGCAAGAGGAUUGUGGAGUUGUGAUCAGAUUAAUUUCACGCAGAGAGCUAUCAUGGAAAAUUUGAAUUAUAGAUUACUACCACUCUGGGAAGAAGAAAUUAUUGAAGAAGCAAAGAUGAGUAUGGCGAGAGCAGCAAAAAGACAAUCAUCACAAUCGUAUUGUAUGCAAGAUUGGACACAAUCGAUGAAGAAUUGUGGAAUGAAUAGACCGCUGAGUAGUGGAAAAGCUUGUAUGGGAAUUGAAGGAGAAAAUACACCACAACCUACACCGGUCGAAAUACCAUUCUGUGAGGAUUUGGUGAUGGGAAUGGGAAGUGAACGACCGUUGGGGGGUACGUCGAUGUUAAGUCGAGAGACGAAGAUAGCAUUUGGGGGAUUACUAGGUGGGGCAUUUCAAGAUGUGGAUAUCAAUAUGGAUUUGGAGAGAUUCCCGACACAUGUGGAUUCUCUAAUGGUUCAUGAUGACCAUAUGAAUUUUGUUUGAGGAUGCGCGCUGGAUCAAGACGAGAAGCUGGAUCAUGUCACGAUAUGAUGACUUUACGAUCGCAUCUUUUACAUUCUCCUUCGACCUAAAUCUGGGGAUCACGAGGGUAUUCAAGGAUUGUCUUUUACGGUAAUACGUUACAUAGCAUUCUUUCUUUCUCUCCUGCACAAACCGGAAACGAAGAUAAGGAGUCAAGUUUAUUGCAAUGAAAUGGAGUGAAAGGAAAUUUUGGAUCGAAUUGUUCUUGGUUGGAAAUUGGUUGGUAUGGAAAAUGGAAUGGCGCUUUAUACCUCGAGAGAAGAGAUUUGGGAACAAAGGUUCGAAUCUUGUGUUUUUUGCUUGGUUAUGGUUGUGGUUGUGAUGAGGAUGGAGGACAGAGUAGGUGAAUGAGUGGGCUUACAUAGAUUGUACAUGCCUACCUGCCUGUCUGCCUGCCUAGCUUGACCUACUUACCAAACAUACGUAGUAAUAAUACCUAGUAGUAGUAAUAAUAUACAUUACCUAAUUUUAUAUGG